CUUCAUUUUCAGAUCAAUAAGUUUAUGCAUGAUUAGCUUUAGUUUCACGUUUUUUUUCUAUUGAAAUUGACUAAGAAAUGAAGAAAAAAAUAGUAUUUAAAAUAUAAAAUGAUUGAACAUAAAAAUGCAGAACGCCAGCCGCUUAUUGCGCGUUCUAUGAAUCUUCAACUGCAUGUUGUGUCUCAACAACCGUCUCAUAACUCAGAACAUGAAAUUUCUCCUGUUUUAAAACGAGUUCUUAUUGAGUCACCUGUGCAAAAAGUAAAAGAUAUAGAUACAAUAUUAAGCAGAAAAUCAACAAAACGUACAAAACAUGAACAAGUGGCAAAACUUAAAGCAUUUAGUCAAACACAUCAGGGAUCAGUAGAGUCAUGGAAAAUACCUUCAACUGAAGAAACAAAUAUGAAAAUUAGGGAAUGGCAGCGACAAUAUCGCAAAGCAUUUCCAAGUUUUAAGUUUUAUUUUGACUCUGUUGAUCAAAAUAUGAAGCAUAAACUCACUAAACAAAUCAAUAAACUUGGCGGCACGGUGGAAGCAUUUUUUUCAAAAAAUAUUACACACGUUGUAACAACUAGGCCCAUUCCUGAUUUUACAGAUAUUUCUCUUCAACUAGCUCGAAAAUUAGGGCCAACUACAGAUACAGCCUUUGUUACAUCUUCUACGUCUCAAAAUAAACCUCGAAAGCUUUUUGGACUAGGAAAUAUUUUAAAAGAUUCAUAUAUAUCUAGCAAACCUAAUCAAGAAGAAUUGUUAAAAAAUGAUGUUUUAAUCAAGGCACAUGAAUAUGGUAUGAAAAUAUGGUCAUUCGAUAAAUUUGUAAAUCGAAUUCUACGUUCGCUCCUUGAUUUAUCAUUAACACCUAAUCAGCCAAAACUUUCAUAUCUUCUUUAUGAUGAAAAAAUCAAUGGGACACGAGAGAGAGAUCGAUCUGCACCACGUGAGGAUUAUGUUUAUUUUAAAGGGCCUUAUAUUUUUGUUCGGGAUAUGUCUAAUAUUUAUCGUCCUAUUAUAAUAAAAGAAUGGCCAAAACCACCUAGUGGGAAAAUUUCUGAAGGGGAAUGGCCCCAAUUUCGUGUUACAGAUUUUGGACAUUGUCCAUUUAUACGAAACAAUUAUCGGAAAUCACAUCCUCCUUCAUCUUUACCAAAACAUGAAAUGUUCAAAGAGUUGCAAAAUAUCCCUGAAUCAUCUAAAGACCUUAAAGGGAUCCUUUUUAACCAUUUAAAAGACAAUACUCGUCGAAUUCACAGUCAGAUUCAGUCUAUGAAUCAAAUAGAUAUAAAUGCAUCUGGAAUUAUACAGUCAAAUCUUACAUCAACCAUACGUUCUCAGACAUCUACAAAUACUAGAAGUGGAGGAAUGGCAGGAUCUAUUACAAUACCUCUAAGUAAAUCUGUAGAUGAUCUUAAAAGGAAAGUUUUUAUUCAAGUACAACAGCGACGGUCUAUUCAGGAGAAUAUAAAUGCAUUCCAACACUCACAAAUUGAUCCAACAGAUAAAAAGAAAGUUAAACAUAUAAAUUCACGUCGCCAUAUAAAAUACGCUACUAAUGAUGAAAACUUUGCAGAAUUAGAUGAAUUGCUUUCUAGCCUAAAAAGAAAACGACUCCCAUGGAUUGUUGAAACAUAA